UGGAGAUGUAUUCAUUGUCAACCGGGUUUAUAUGAAGAUCGGGAAGGACUUUUCUAUGCUUUUCUAAAAAAAAUUUCGAUUUUUGUGAUUUUUUUAGUGGUUAAUACUGUGUAUUCGUCUUAUUUAACAAUCCAUAGAACGUCUAAAAUGUUUUAUGUGCCGCGUCUGGAGCUGGAAGGCCAAGGCCAGCGGAUACUCAAACUGCUGCCGGAUUACAAUAUUGUAGGCUCCCAGAAAUCCAAGUCACACAAUUCAAUUGUCCUGGACGAUGAGUCAAUCGAUGGGAAGCACAGCCUUUUGUUUUUCAAUCUUAUGCAAAACACCACAGAGAUCUUGGAUUUGGCGUCAGAAUCUGGGACUUUUGUGAACGACGAGAAGCUUCCAAUUGCCACAUGGAGGAGCCUGGAACAUGGGCAAAAGGUGAUGUUUGGAGGGGUUAAGGGGACAUUUCUCACAGAAUGCGGAGGAAAGGAUUUGCGGGAUUAUACUCCGUCGCCCCAUGAGGAUCCCACAGUUCUCCCGGUGAGUCAGUUUUGUCAAUUUCCCCGGCAGACCAAGGAAAUCCUUGUGCCAGCUACACAAUAUGAUGAUACUUGCCCUGAAGCUGAUCAAUCAAUAGAACAUAUUACCCUUUCCGAGACACAGAAAUCCCACGAGAGCUCCCGGGAAUCCUUUUGGGGUUCCCUUGGGGAUAUCGAUAAGAUUGACAAUGAGCUGGAUAGGAAGCUUGAUGCUUUGGCUGAGCCGGUGGAUCCAGACAAAAUUGGCGAGAAAUCCUUUAAGAUCAUUCCUGAAACACAAGAAUCUCCAUUGACAGAGAAAGGUCCACAGGAACACUUUGUCCUGCCCGAGACACAGGCUCCACGGAAUUUAUCUAGAAAUUUCGACGAGGAUGCCUGUGAGCAAAUAACGCAAAUUUUCAAGCCUCUUCCGACGGAUAUUGUCUUUCCGGAUAUCGAAUCGCAGAAUCUCUUGGCAGAUUUUGGAGAGCCUCAGAAGGUUCCGGAGCAGCGUGCAGUUGAGAUUGGGGAAGUGACUGUGAUAGAGAAGAAGAAUUCAUCAUUGGAUGUAAGCCAUCAGUUGAUAUCUCUGGAUGAUGGGCAAGAGACGGAUUGCGAAGAGGAAUUAUCUGAAAUUGAGUUGAAAACUCCGAAGAAACUUAACGAAAAAUUGAACGAAAGGGAAGGAUCUGUCACGCCAGAACUUGAGGAAUUGCAUCAAACGGAGAAAUCUGAGCAUCUGGACAAAUUUACCAUCCCCAAUCUGCCUAUUGUGCAGCUCAGGAGGCUCAAUGUCCCGGUCAAUGGGAAUGCCAAUGUCUACGAUGAGGCUACUCAGGAGAUGUCAAAAACUCCCUACGACAUUCCAACACAAGCUUUUCCGUCUACGUCUGCGUCUUCUGGCAUCACGCAGCCCUUUGAUCGCAAGAUAUUCCCCACCAAAGAUCCCAUCGAAGCCUACCUGGCAGCCACUCAGGUCAACAUCAAUCCAAUUGAACAGAGGAAUGGCUCUAUUCUAAGACUCAGUGAGAUUUCUUCAGAUGAUCUCUCUCAAUCCUCUCAAACUUCAACUCCUCCCUGUGCCAUCAAACUCCCCAGCGCCGAUGACGUAGCCAAGUUCCUCCGGAAGCAUCCUACUACCCUCAAGCGAAAGGCAUCAGUACAAAAUCUCUUCCCAGAGAGCUCAGAUGAAGAGGACCUUCCCACCGUCUACAGCGAAGCCAUCUCGGCAAAGACUCCCAAGAAGGAACUAUCAGCAGUAGUUGCCCAGAGACUCAAGCAGAUCAGCAUCCUAGACUCUCCAGACUCUUCAAUGUUCGAGCCUGAAUUAAAUCCUUCCAAGGCAGCCCCAAUUAGACGCAAUCUCAGCAAGAAAUCCUCACUGGCAAAAGAAGUACCGCCCAAGAAGCCACCAGAAACUCAUUCUUCUCCGCCUAGCGAUGAUCUAUCUUGGAGGAGUUUGGAUGGUUCUAGCUGUAGUGAGUACAAUUCCCUUGUGGACCUUCUUUCCUAUUCAGGCAUUCCAGAUGCAACUAAGCACCAGGCCCUCAAUCUCAGGCAACUUGCUGAGAGUUUUUGGGCAAGAUUCUCCUAAGCCAGAACCACCUCAAGAAUCUUUAAGAAGGUCAAAGAGAACAAUCAAGAAGGUUAAACGAUUGGAAUACGAAUGUGAAGCAGUAGAUAUUGCAGGACCAAAAUCUCGUGGACGUGCAAAGGGUAAGCGCUAGAGCGCUCUGGAACCAUUUACAAUGUGUACAAAUCUCUCUCUUUUGAACUGAAUUCUAAUGUAAAUAAAAUGAUAUGGAAGUGGCGUGAAUAAAACAAGAAAUUUCUAAAUGCUAA